AUGGAGGAGGAAGAAAUGAAGGAGAGUAGCCCAAUCCCGUGUUCGGCAUCAGUCACACGCAGCUCUCGUGCUGGAUCUUCCGCGUCUUCGACUCCACCUGUAACUUCGGCUGCAGAAUUCCUUGCCGAGCUGGGUAUGACGUUGCCAGCAGAGGAUGCGGUUCUCGAGGCCUUGUCAACAAAAAAGGUCACCAAUUUCGAGCAAUCGUGCUACUCGUUGUUUGGCGAGUAUGUCUGCCGGAUGGUGGCCGAGUUGGGCACGCAAUUUGGACGGCGCUCGGACUUUGUCUUGGAGUGCGCUGACCUUCUUUUGAAGGAGAAACGAGGGCCCAACAGGGCAAACAAGUUCCGAUCCUAUAUCAGCGGGACUUGCAAGGAUGACAUGCAGGGCACAUUCUGGGCAGUGACCAAGGAAGAAAAGGCCAAGUUCAUGGACAAGUGUUAUACUGACUACAUGCAGGGCACUACCACCAGCGAGGAAAGGGAAGAACGCAUGCAAGAGGUUUACGAGCACCUUCAAGACGAAAUCAUGGACGGCGGAUCGUCGAUCGUAGCACCAGAGGUUCGCUUUGAACGCUGGCGCGCGAUGAUCAAGCGUUUGCUAAACAUCAUUCGGCGCACUGACCCCGAGUUCGAUAUCGCAGGCUUUAUCAUCUAUUCAGGAGACAAGCCAUCCGUGCAUCAAAAGGACGGCCUUUUCGUCAACUCAUCGUUUUUGAAGGAUCUCUUCGACCGCAAAAAUUAUCCAAUUAGGAAGUGGACUGAUGUCUUUGCCACUACUGUUCGAGCUGCACGAUAUCAACAGGAAUUAAGGCAAGAUUUACAGAUUGACGACAACCGCGAAAGAAGCAAAGAGGUACCUGUUCCAGGCAAGAGCGGCAGAAAGACUUCGGCCACAAGUUCGCCUUCUGAAAGACGAGGCUGUUCCGCACCCGAAGAGUACAAGGACCACGAUACCGUUGACGACAUUCACGAACUACGCGGAGACGGAGAAAGUAGGGACUCUCUGUAA